AUGCACCUCGUCCGCCAUCUUAUUGCUCAAAAACUCAACCCUUUCUUCUCUCCGCCACACUUUCAUUUACCCCUCCCCCCGUCUCUGCCGCUCUAUCGCCCAUCCACACAACUCCGGCUGGUCUCGGUCUUGACGCCAGUCCCUUCGCAACCGUACAACUUCCGGGCCAUCCUUUCCGACUCGACGCGAGUCCGCCUCGUCUGGGAUCCGCCCACGGUACCGGUGGGCAGUCAUCUGCUCGACUACCGACUUACCUACCGACCGACGGUUGGGCUGCCGAGCGACUCGGCCUCGGCCUCGGCCAGGCAAGCCGGGCCGGUACGACUCGGGCAGUCGAGCGAUACCGGCAUCGAGGCCGGCCUGACGGAAGCGGUGGAGACGACGGGACUCAACUCCGAGGCGACUCAACAUCUGAUCGAAGGGCUUCAGCCAAACACGGCCUACCUCUUCCAGCUGGCCGGAAGGACGCACAAUGGCUUCGGAGUGGCAGCUCAAUGCUCUGCGGUCACUAAGACCUAUGGUAGGUGGAGAGAAUGA